CACAACAAACAUAAGAAAUAAUAGUGAUAAUUGUAUUCAUAUAAACUUUUCAAACAUUGUACCAAUAGAUUAAUAAAUAUAUAUAUUUUAAAUUGUAAAAUAAUCGAAUCACAACCCAUAAAUGCUAUUUAAAUGAAUCUAAUACAAGAAGACGAUAUUUUAAUUAAUAAUUAUAAUUUUAAUAAUUUUAAUAGCUUUAAUAAUAACUAUAAUAACUAUAAUAAUUAUAACUAUAACAACUAUUAUAAUAACAACAACAGAAAUAAUAAUAACAACAGCAACUAUGAUAAUAUAUUGGUAAUAGAUAUUUUAAAUUUAAAUUUAAAUAACGAUAAUAACUAUAAAAUAAAUAAUAAUAAUGGAAAUGAAAACAAUACUUUAGUUAAUAGUAGUAAUAAUAAUAAUAUAGAAAUCAAUAAUAAUAGCAAUGAUUAUAUUAAUAAAAUAAAUAAAUUAUUUUUUCUUGUUUGGAGAAAUCUAAUAAUUAGAACAGAAAUAAUAAAAUAUCUAAGAUUGUUUAAAAUUCAUCAUAGAAAAUUAUCAUGGUCACCAAAUGAAUUAAAGGAAUAUAGUUAUAGAGACUUUAUUUCUAUUUUAGAGUAUUAUGGAAAUGAAGAAUUGAAACCAGGCGAUAUACCUGACAAUGUAACCUCGAUUGUGUUUUUUAAUUAUAAUAAACCAAUAUUACCAAAAACAAUACCAGAGAAUGUGGUUAAAGUUAAUUUUGGUGAUUUAUUUAAUCAGCCAUUGUCAUUAGGAGUGUUGCCCAGUAGUGUAACUGAUCUUAGAUUUGGUAGUUUUUUUAAUCAGCGUAUAGCUUCAAACGAUAUAAUCCCAAGUAGUGUUAUUUCAUUAUCAUUUGGUAGUUAUUUCGAUCAAAUUUUAGAUCCUGGUAUCAUUCCAUCAAGUUGCAAAAUAUUAAAUAUAUCGUUUGAUGAAACAGAAUCAAUAAUACCAUCAUCUGUAAAGAUAUUGACAUUAAAUUUAAACCAACCUAUACCUCCUGGUGCUAUACCAUCAAGUGUCACCCGAUUAAGUUUUGGUAAUCUAUUUGACCAACCUCUAUCACCUGGCUCAAUACCUGACAGUUGUCAAGUUUUACAUUUUGGUUAUAAAUUUAAUCAGUUAAUUACUCCAAUGGGUGUCAUCCCUCAUAGUGUCACAGAGCUCAGUUUUGGUUUUGAAUUUGACCAAUCUCUAAUUACCGGUGCUAUACCUUCUAGUGUUACUGAUCUUUCUUUAAACUAUAGAUUCAACCAACCAUUACUUAGAGGAUCAAUACCAUCAUCAGUUACCUCUUUAACAUUUAAUUUAAAUCAAACAAUUACAGGUAUUGUUCCAUGCUCAGUACGUAGGCUCGUACUAGGCCGUUAUUUUGAUCAGCCUUUAUCAUCUAUUCAAUAUAUAAUUCCCCCCUCGGUAAAUGAACUUGUUCUUGGUGAAGAUUUUAAUCAACCUUUACUACCACAUGAAAUUCCAUCAUCAAUUACCAAAAUUGAAGUUUCCGAUAAACGUUUUAGUGCAUUUGAAUAUCAAGAUUCAUUAUCUCAAUACAUUUCAUCAUCACUUCCUCAAACAAUACAAGAAAUUAAAAUUGGUAAAAAUAAUUAUAAAUUUAUUAAUAAUAAAUUAAUUAAAAUAAAUAAAUAAAUAUAAUUUUAAUUAAUUUAAACUUAAAGUUUUAAUUAAUUUAAAAAAAGGUAAUAAUUUU